CGUUUCGAUCGGAUCGCUUUGCCUGCCGUAAAUCUCGUGCCAAUUAUACGUUCCAUUCAAGCAUGAAGCUAAUAUGUGUUUGUCUGCUGGUAUUCAGCUUUGGUCUGCUCGUGGCCGACGGUUCCGACGUGUGCCGGUACGGUGAACGUUGGCGAUGCUUUAGUUCCGAGUGUGAGAAAACUUGUAGCACGCUGAACACUAACACGGAGUGUACGGCAACGUGCACCAACGGGUGCUACUGUGCCGCCGGGUUUGUGCGUACUGCCUUCGGUAGCUGUUCGCCCCGGUAUGUCUGUCGGUAUAAAAGUUCCUUCCGCUUUUAAAACUGUAAUCGUGCAUUUAGACUAGCAGAGUAAUGGAAUAAAUGCAAUCUGUACAACAUUC